AUUAAAAGUAAAGGAGGAGUUGGGUAGCAAACUUAUAAUUGGGCAUAUCAGAAUUACAGGUAAAGAGAUAACAUCACAGAUUGCAGAGCUACUAAUGCUUCUCUCGCGGCAGUGUCUGUGACUUGUAAAGUUGGAAACUUUGAUUGACCAACGCCUGGACUUCUUGUCUCCAUACAAACCCAGAAAGGAUUGGAAAAAUUGAGCUUCAUCUCAUGAUAUAAAGUAACCAUGGUUUUGGGGGUUUUUCGCUAUGAAAUCUAACCAUGGUUACAGAACUUGGGUUAGUCUCCUUCACAACCGGAGAUGUGGGUUUGGGUUUGUCCACAACUCGGCUGCUGCUGCGUAUAAAACCACCCAGAUGAGCCCUUUGUCAUUAACAACCCUUACAAAAACAGAUAUGAACCUCGUCUCAUCGAUUCUUUCUUGAUCUCUUACCUCUUUCUGUUCAUAAUCUCUGGUGUGCCUCAGAGUUUUUGGUUCUGGGUGGUUUUGAAUUUGAUCUGAGAAGCGUCGGGGUUUUCAUUUGGUGUUCUUCUGAUGGGUUUUGAUCACUUUCUCGAACGUUUUGGAUCGUUUCUGGAUGAGAUAUAAACAGAAGGAUCAAACUGAAGAACACUUUGAACUCAAUAUUUGAUUCAUUCGGACCGAUCCCAGUUCUUCAUCUUUCAAAGAAUUUUUUGUAUCUAAGAUUUUGAUCGAAAUGGGUCUCUCCAGCCUUCCUGCCCCUUCUGAAGGAGUACUAGGAGUGAUCCUUGUGAAUACGGCAAUAUCGAUUUCCAUCUUCAAAGGCAUAGUUCGGUCGAUCCUCCAUGUCGUUGGCAUCCAUCUUUCGGCACCAUCAUCAUCAGAUUCCAUGGAGAAUUCUCCUGAAUCCAUAGACUUCUGUCUUAAUCCAAAUGGAGGCUACAUUGAAGAGUUUCGUAGUCGGAUCCCAGCGAUUCUGUUCGACAAAGUUCGUAGCUGCAAAUGGCUAGAACACGACUGCUCCGUCUGCCUUACCCAAUUUGAACCUGAAUCAGAGAUUAACCAUUUAUCUUGUGGCCAUGUUUUCCACAGAGUGUGCUUGGAGAAGUGGCUGGACUACUGGAACGUUACUUGCCCACUGUGUCGAACUCCAUUAAUGCCCGAAGAAGAGACAGCCUCCUGCUUCUGGUGAGCAUUAUGAACAUUAUGAACACAUUAUGGUUAAGGAAUAUCAUUCCAUGUACAGCAGCAUAGUGUAUAGAUAAUCUUAAAAGUGCAUCCGCAGGCCAUAGAAUUUGUACCUUGAAGCGUGAUGAGUGUGUGACCCUCUGUUAUUUCAUUGUAAAUAUGAAGCUUUCUGUUUGUCUU